CACCCUAGAAGGGAGUAGUCCGGGUGUCAGGAUUGCCGAUGGCCAUGGCCACACGGCCAACACCCACUUAAGCAGCCUUCUGCACAAACUACGGGUCGUGUCAUCCAAAGCGGCACCAGCAUCCGAAGAGGCGCUUGCAAUGGCCUCCAUGCUGGAGCAAGGACAGGAGCUGGAGCAGGAGGCUACAGCCGAUGCCGCCACAUUGCACCACGCAGCUCUGGAUGUGCGUGCGCAGGAGAUCCAGCUACAGCGUGACCAGCUGGAUGUAGAUGCUGCUCGCGUGGAUCUGGAACGAAGGGCGCUGGAGCUAGCGGCAGCUGAGCGCGCUCUGGCGGCGCGGCGGCAGGGGCUGCAGCAGCAGCGGGCUAAGCAAGAGGCGCAGCUGCAACAGCGGCGGGCGCAUCGGGACGUACGGGCGGCUCAGCUGGCUGCAGCCAUUGAGGCGGCUGUAGCCGCCGUCGAGGUGGCAGCAGCUGCAGCCAGCUCUGCCGCCGACGUGUGGGUUCCGGGCCUGAUUCGUGGCAUCGCCGCACACAUGCCUCCCAAUGAGGUGCUGCUGACGCUGCGGCUGGUGAACCGGGCGGCGGCACAUGCGCUGGACCCGAGCGCAACAGGUGUCGCCGCCUCCGCCACCGCAGCCUCUACAACAUCAUCAACUGGCAGCGUGGGGCGCAACUCGACGCCACCAGCGGCUGGCGUCGUCCGCCUGAGUCAGCCCGUGCCUCAACACGCCUUCGCGCGGCAGUGGGGCGCCGCUGCCGAUGCUGCAACGCGGCCUUGUGGCACUGGCAGUGCCACCAGCAGUGGCGGCGGCGCCGCUCCCGCUAGCGCCGCUCCAGCCGGCACCGAGGCGUCAGCGAUGCGGCGGCUGCCUGUAAACCAGCGCGACCGGCUGCUUACGGCCACCAUCAGGAGCGGCGUCGCUGAGAACGUGGCGCUGCUGCUGGACCGCCAGCCCGACUACUUCCGCUUGGGCCGCAGCCACAUGCGCGCCGCCGCGAUCGCCGGCCACGUGCCCAUGCUGGCGCUGCUGCACUCGCGGGGCUGCCCCAUGGCCAACACCGGCAUCGGCCUCGCGGCUGAGGAGGGCCACCGUGGUGCCGUCAUGUGGCUGCUGGACAAUGGCUACAGGCCGGACAUGGGCGUUGUGGAGCCCGGCCAUUACAACCUCCCCGCCGACACGCCGGAGGAGGGCGCGGCGCGCGGCGGGCACGAGGCGCUAAUGGAGGAGCUGCUGGUACGGCGCGCCGCCGACCGCUGGCCUGUGUCCACACGCGGACUGGUGUUGGGCUGGCUGGCGCUGCACGCGGCUCGCCACCUGCCUCUGGGCGACCUGCAGCGCCGGUGGUCGCAGCUGGUGGAGUGCAUGGGCAGUGAACGCUUCGCCGCCAUUGCGGCUCGCGGCAGCGGCACCUGCGACAGCGGCUAUUAUGACAAGCCGUUGGAGUUGCCAGAGUACUUACUGUUCAAGGCUCUGGACGCAGCGGCUUGCAGCGAGACGGCCGACUGGAAAGCCAAGGUGUUGUGGCUCGUCGUGGACGAGCGGCACAGCCCACUGCGGGUCGAGCGCCUCAGCGGCUGGGGCACGCCGCCGCGGGAUCGCUGGGAGUGGCUGCAGCAGCAAGGCUACGGCCUCGGUUCGCACCAAGCGCUCAAGGCCGCCGCGGAGGGCUGGGUGCCUGAGUUGCGGCUGCUCAUCGAGGGCACCGGCGGGCAACAGCAGGCGGGCGGCGGGGCCGCCGCCGUCGCCACCGCAAUGCACGCGCCACGGCGCAUCUUUGACUACAGCGCGGCUAGCCGGACCGAGGUUUCUGUGGCGGCAGCGGAAGCUGGGCGCCUCAGCUGCCUUGAGUUCCUUCGGGGCCUUCAGGGCUGGGUCGGGCGCGGCGCAAGUGAUACCGAGUGCAACAUGGAGGUGCUUCAGGCGGCGGCGCGCUCGGGCUCGGUGCCGGUGCUUGAGUGGGUGCUGGACGUGCUGCUGCGGGAGGCAAGCCCGCCGCUGAGCCCGCUUGUGGCGACGGCGGCGGCUGGCAGCGGCGCACUUGGGAGCGUCGAGGUGCUAACCUGGCUGCGGCGGCGGGGGUGUCAGUGGAAUGCCUUCACGUUUGCUGCGGCAGUGGGCACACGCGACAUUGGGCUGCUGGAGUGGCUGUGGGCGGAGAGGUGCCCGCGUGACGGCGACAUGGCCUACGCCGCAGCGGUGGCCGCGGGGCAGGAGCUGGACAGCGACGGCCAGCUCGGCGGUGUCAGGCGGUUUGGCGGUGGCGGUUCGUGGUGCCGCAACACUGUUGUCAGGGCCCUGACUAGCGACGGCGUCGGCGUCAGCUCCAGCAGUGGUGGAGGCGGAGGCAGUGGUGGACGCGCCAGCUGUGGCGGUGCGUGCGCGGGCGCCGGCGGGGUCAGCCGUGUGGCGCUGCUGGAGUGGCUGCACACGCGUGGUGUGCUGCCUGCAGACGCCGGCGCUUGCUUCGCGGCGGCGGCUGUGGUGGGCGACCAGACAGUGCUGGAGUGGUGGGCAGCCAAGGGCUGGUCGCUAGGGGGCCCGGGCCUGGCUUUCGGGUGGGCCGGGGGCGACCUCGCCACGCUGCGCACGCUGCACGCCUGCGGCGCGCCCCUGGCUCCCCACACAUUCCUGCAUGCGGUCGUGCACCCCAGCGACUACUUCCCACCCGAGGAGAUGGUGAUGGAUGAGGGCGGCUACAUGCCGGAUGGCGACAUCAGCUACGACGACGGGCCGAGGACGUGGGGCGUGGCGGCCGUGUGCUGGCUGGCGGAGGAGGCGGGGGCGGAGGUGGAUGAGGAGCAGGCGCUGGUCCGGACAGCGUACCGGCGCGUGCAUCAGCGUGAGAGGUGUGAGCUGUCGACGUACGUGGAGGCGCUCGUUUCGGCGCGGCGGGCGGCGGUAGCGCAGACGUCGUAAAGGAGGGAGGAGCGUCGGGUGCGUGCAACAGCGCGCACGAGCUGCCAUACCGCGCGAACAGGAGACUCGAGGA